UAAAUCUUCAAUGAUUAAAGUUCAAUCACGGGAGACAAAGGAGACUCUCGUUUGACACCGUCCUCCUUUUGUGUAAAAUCUAUCGUCUGAUUCCACGACUGUGUUUCUCCCUCUCCGGCAGCAGCGGUGUGUGUCCAACGCUAGUCAUGUCUGCUUGGAUGGCCCUUGAUACCUGAAUGAACCAUGAAGGCACAACGAAGUAACCGUAAGACGAUGAAAGGCAUGAUACGCACCCAUCUGGUAGCUCCCUCAGAUUGCCAUGAGGUUGCCGUGCCGACAGCAUAGACUGCAGAUGUCGCGAGAGCCAGCAGGCUGCGAUGCACGCACGGGACAUACAUGGGAUCACAUUAUGUAUUGUAUGAAUGUGAAUGAAAAUGUGAAUCACGUUGCAACCGAGAGCGGGUUGUAUCCCGUAUGGUCGCACCUUUUGAAUUCUCGCUGCCCCUCCCCGAUGGUCGGGGGAAACUCCUCACCUCGCCCCACGGACUCAACCAUCUGUGUGAGCGAAGCGCGUGGACAGACAGACAUAUGGAUUGUCACUCUCACACAGUGAUUGUCUAGAUUGUCUACCUCAUGCCACAGAUGGUGUGCGGCUUGGAUCUUCAUGUCUUCAAUGUGGGCCACGCGGCGAUUGAUUUCAUGCUGCACCGCCUGCACACAGAAGGGAGAGAAGGGCCUUGGCUCAGCAAUCGACCCGACUGCGUGGAAAGCAGCGCAGCGCAGUGCAUACCGAUAUCUUCUCGAUGUUGUGCCAGCCAAUCACACUCUGCCCGUCAAAUCGGUCGCUUUGUCUCUCCCGUGCCCUGCCUCCGUCUGAUGAGCUGCGAGACUCCUGCCUAGACCGACUGCCAGUCUGGCUCCCCUCUCUCAUCCGGGGUGCCCUGUGUCUCGGCGACCCAUUCUGUGGACUGCGGCCCCUCCGCUCUUUCAUGCUCGUGUACAGCAGCCUGAUGCCCUCUUCUCUGUCAUAUCGCUUCUUCGGCUCUGGGGCGAACGUCGGGGCUGUCUGGAUUCGUGGAGCAUCGAGCGGCUCUUGUGAGGGAAAGUGACUGAGUGUGGGAGGCGCAGAGCCGGCUCCUACAGAGAGAGACAUGUCUUUGACCAUCGACACGUCCUGGGCGUCGCCUGAUGCCGUGUGUGGGGGAAGGAGGGCUUGCAUGGGCGGCAGAAGGGUCCGUUGUGCGGUGACGAGCCGCGCGUCGCUCUGCUGAGAUGAUCUUCUCCUAGUGCUGCUGUCUUGCUCAGCUGCGCUGACUUUCAUCCCUGUCCCCUCAGCAGCCUCAGGGUCCGGGAGCUCAUGCAAGGGAGGGAGGUCUAUGCCCGGGGGAUGAGGAUGUCGAUCCACACAGUGUGCGAGGCCCUCGAUGUCUUGCCAGGGGUUGGGCAGGCCAGUGGCAGCGGCAAGGGUAUCGAUGGCCUCCUCGAGCGCCUCUAGUGUGCCCUGCUACAUGACGACGCACGCAUCCCACCAACACCUCUUGAAUGGUGUAUGCUCGCGGCUCUUCUCCACCACACAUACCAGCGUUGUCUUCUUAGUGGCACUGCCGUCGUGUUCCCUUCUUCUCUGGACGGGUUUCCCAGCCUUGGAUGCCCCCUUGGGCUCUCUCCUGCCGCCUGCAGGCCGCUCGCCGGUCAUCACCUGGUCCUGACUGAAGCGGAUAUGGUAGCCAGGAGUCACUGAGGACACUCUCCGUGACUUGGCUGCAGGGGAUGCAGGCCCCGCUGUUUUGGGUGGGGCGGGAGCGUGCUGGUCCUCGGCAGCCGUGGUGGCCGACGAGGCAUGGUCGGAUGAGUCGACGAGAAUGCUUCGCACUGAUGAUGCAUGAGGAGGGAAACACAGAAGAGUGAGUCACGGAGACAUGGGUGUAUUGUCUGCCCACUUCGUAGUGUUUUUGCCGUCAGCUUUCUCUUGGGCGGCAGUGCACCAAUCACGGAGUUUCGGAGGUCCUCAUCUCUCAACAGACCAGUCUCCACCCACUGGCUGACGCGGCCCUUUGUCCGUCCUUUGGGAGGCCACAAGACAACUGCGCCGUUCUCGUUCCGGACCACAUAGCGGUCGGAUGCCAUCUCUCGUCCCUGUGAAGUCAUGGCAGAGGCGGGGGGUGACUCUUGGGCUGCUUCAGCAGGCACGGCCGUCGCUGUUUGGUCUAUCUGGGACCGCCUGCGGUUGGCAGCUGUGCGCUUCGGAGGAGCAGUGGAUGAAUCGGAUGAGUAAGAGCUGCCAGCUGACGCCGACGUGGCACUAUGCGACCGAUAUGAGGAGGGGGGGAAGUGCGUCUCUUCAUCGGUGGCAUCAAUCUCCGGUCCUCCACCUUCGGUAGAGAGCUUGUGGCCCACUCUGUACUCUAUCAUCGCAUCCCUGAGUGCCGCCAGGUCCACUGGUUCAUAGUGAUAGCCAUCCGUAGUGCAGCUGUCCUCCUCCAUAAGGGAGUGUUCCACGGGAGACAUGCCGAACUUGCACAGUGUGUGGCACGACUGCGUCGAUGUGGGGAGCCGUGUCUCCGCUGCUGCAGGGAUGGGAGGCGGGGAGGGGCUCAGAGGAUGAGCUAUGUUCAUGAUGGCUGCAUGGAUGCCUGACCAUCACGUGACAGAGGCAGGUAGACGCUGUGCCGAGUCUUCUUCAUUUAAUGAGGGAAUCGUGUGCACCCACCGUCGGCAGUGAGUCGGCCAGCGGGUGGGAAGGCGGGGAUGCUGGAUUCCAUCAAGGAGGCCAGGGGAGAGGGGAGGGAUGCAGCGCUGUCGACAGACAACAGACGGCUGGACGACCGACGACCAGUGCGUGCAAACUCUGCAUGGACGACCAAUGAGUGGUUUUCCGUUUGUCCGACUCCCCGCUUACGCUCGAAAGUCAAGGUUCGCGACCUGGGGGCAGACGCAACACACACACAUAGCUAAUGGGCAAGAUGUCCGAUGGAGAGCUGGAUAGUCGGCGCCUGACUUGGUUCUGUUGAGCCUAUCAAAGAGCAUCGCCGCGUCGCCAAUUUGAAUGGGGGUAGUCGGAAACAUGGCCUACAAAAGAGACACAUAUAUACAUACAUACAUACAUGGCUCUCUCUGCCCUAUGCAGCAGGAGCCUCUCAUGUGGUGCUCACUCACUCACUCUUAAACCUUUGAGGAAUUCCCGUUUUGUAACAGAGUUGUUCUUCGAGCUUCUUGAGUCGAAGUAGCACCACGCUGCCACCUUCGAAACAGAGGCGAAGCGUCCCAUCCUCCAUGCGUUCAUGUCCCGUCGUACCAGUGUGCCAUACUUGCGCCGAACGUGAUAAUGAAACUCGUCGGGGCUCCUGCAUAAGCCAUACUUGUGCACAAAUCAGUGAUUCAUGUUUACUAGCUUGUUAGCUUCGUUGUCACAUGUUUGCGACGUCCACGUGCUCUUGCGCAUCAUGUUGUGGCUCUGACGGCGCUGCAGGAUCCCAGCACAUGGAGCCCGUGCCAAGUAGGUAGAUGCGCCUGUAGACACCGAGACAUGAUGCACUGAAUCUCGCCGUCUGUGUCUGCAUGUUGUUACUUGAGCUCGUCUCUGCGCGCGAUUGGGUGUGUGUUGACGAGGGCUAAUAGGGAUGUCUCGGCGGAUCGGCACGCUGACUGGCGGCGACUGGUCAUGUCAUCCUGUGGCCACCCACAAGGAGACGAAAGAUCAUACUCUUGUGUAUCGCUCCCCUCGAGUACUUUAAGAUGUCGCAACUCCAUCUCGAGCUGAGCAUACGUGAGGUUGAACCGCGAAAUCCACACGAGCUGCUGUCUGCCUCGUUCGCUCCUCACAGAGGCCAGCUUGAUAGACGGCCACCUGCCGAGGAUGCUGUUGGGAGGCAAUCCUUCAGCCACAGACAGACACACACACGAGGACACAAACCAGAGGGACACCCAAGUCAUCCCUCUGGCUCACGUCGGCGUACCUGCCUUGAGAAGUGCUUGCAAUGCGAGUCGCACGUGCAUGCCGUCUUGAGCUGUCCCGAGAGUGGCGUAGAGUUUGGAUACGCGUAGUUGCAGCAGCUCCGCGUACAUAACUCUGGCCUGGGCGGCGACAUGAGCGGAUGAAGGAAGUGUCCCUUCCCCUCGUGGCUCAAUCCAUUGGCCACUUCGAAUGCAUGCUCACUUUUUUGACUUCGAAGUCGAUUUUAUCGGCCGGUCCCCUCAGCGAAGAGUAGUCUUUCUUGGCAGCGGCGAGCUCUUGUUUGUACCGCUUGUCUCUCUCUUCUAUCAAGACUUGCUGUCUGAGCUUUGAUACACUUAAAUCGCACACAGAGAACAUUCAAACACUGUGAGUGACAACAACAAGGACUGACGUCUUCCUAUGCUACCCGGACAGGCCCCGUGCAGAGCUUUCGGCAGAAUGGGCCUCCCCUCCCCCUCCGCCCUCUCUGUUUUGUGUUAUUUUGAAUUGAAGAUCACCGAUCAGUUCACAGAAGCGGCGAGACCGGUGCCGCACCGCAACGGCGUACACGCGCAUGUAUUGCAGUCGAGCCCGAACGUCUCUGAAGAGGCGAUCAAACUCUGCAGUGCAGACACACAGACGGGAAAUGAAUGCAGGAACGGACAGACAGUGUCACAUACAGGUACAGACAACGGCGACGCGCGUUUCCUUACCCUGCUGCAAACUUUUGCAAGGCUGACUGCUGGCCGCGUACUUUUGAAAGACGCCGAUGUGCCUCUGCAGCAGUGUCUCGUGCGCUGCUGGCGCUGCUGACACAUGCCUUGAUGGGGGAACGCUUCCUUGGAAAAUUCGCUCCAACACACUUUUUGCGUCAGUAGCGCCAUCGCCACUGUAGUUAUUAUCGGCGUGACGGUCCUCCAUUGCAAGAGGGUUGGG